CCCAUCCUCGCUGGCUUGCUGCUGGUGUAGAGCCUGGCUAGGGGAGAGAAACCGUGUGAGAAGGUAGAAUACGUAUGUUUAAAAAAGAAGUAAAGUUAAGCCUGAUAAACACCUGGCAACGGAUAAGAAAGAAACUGAACAGGUAUCACCAGCAAGUUGGCAACAUCAAUUCUCUCCCCUGGCUCUCCAGUGCAUAAAGACACCACCCAAUACUUCAUAUCAUUAAGUCACCCAGUGCCUCUGUACCUGAUAGACCAUUAUACUCCUCUUCAUCUUCACCAGAGCAAAAAGUAACCACACACCAGCAGGACAGAAGAAACACAAGUGAAGGGAUUUUCUUUAGCAUUUUGAUCAAAAGCAGAUGAACCACAGUUUACUACCAAAGUUUCCUGACAAUAUUGUACUCAGCUAGACAUCCAAGACUCUACUCAGUAUAAACCUUACAAAACUAACCAUCAUCAUUCAUCAGCAUAACUCCUCACAUCAGUCCAGCUACAGAAACACGCAAACAAACAUAGCACCAUAAUGGCCUCCAUCACCCACUCAUCCGAGCCCGAGAUCCCAGACAACCACAAAGAGAGCUGGCUUGCACUUCUUUCUGCAGCUGAAGCAUAUUGCCAAAAGUCGGGCUGCGACCUGGCCAUACUAACAGCCUGUAAGAAGUUUCGUUCCUCAGCUGGAGAAGGAGAGGGGGUGAGGAAACGGGAGAGCAGCAGUGCCUUUCCUAAGGAGUGUGAUUUCUCCUAUAGCGUUUGGGGGCAAGGCUUUCUGGCCGAGUCGGCGCGGCGCUACAUGGAUGACAUCAGCGUGCUGCACUCUACAACCAUGCUAACAGCCCAAAAGCACUCACGCCAUGUUGGAGGAGAGGGAGGAACCAAGAUGGUCGUGGACCUGACCUCAGACCCUGCACAUAGGGGGAGCUUUACAGGAGACGGCAACGUGGGUGGAGUAAGUCCCAAUGGUAGAAUGUACUCCCAAAGCUACCCAUCAAUCUACAGCUCAGGAGCCAUGACGGGUCAGGGUGCUGGGCAGAACGGUAACGGAGAAAGGGAAAGGGAGAAGGGUGUGCUGGAGGCUGAGCGGGCGAGACAGAGGGCUGCAAUCGUGGACUUGGAGGAAGAGUGUGAGGAUGAAGAGGAGGAGGAGGAUAUGGAUGAGAGGAGACCUUAUGGGAAUGAAAGUGCUGGUGUCUUCUCGAUGGACGAGGACUCUCUAUCUCGGGACUGUGAGCCGUUCUUUGAAUCUGAUGGGGAGGAGGAAAGCACAGAUGGCUCUUUGAGUGAGGACGCACCUCCGCCGACACGUGGCAUGGCCAUGGGUCAGGCUGCAUACUCAUCCCGGCACGCCCACACCAUGGCUCUGGCCCGCUCGCUGCCGGUAUCUGUGCCUGUGUGGAGCUGCAGGGGCAACAGAGCUGCUCCGGGAGACAGCAGUAGUGGAGAACGGGUGGGCUGCGCGGAUCUGGAGCACAUUGCUGCCAGCAUGAAAGCCCUUCUGGCCCCAGGAGCCACGGAUGGGACAGAAAUGUUUGGGGCCCUCCCUCGGCCCCGACUCAACACAGGAGACUUCUCCCUCAAGCACUGAGAGAGCAAGAGAUGGAGCGAGAGAAAGGGAUAGAGGGGGCAAAUCAGAGAGAUAACGUGAAAGUGGAAGGUUGUUGUGACGAUUGGAGAAAACUGAUCAGCCAGCGGGUGUGGCGUUCAGUUUGUGAAACAGUGUAAAAGCUAGUACCUCCAUUUAUUUCGCACUAACCAAAAUUAAUGCUUUGAGGAGUAACUGACAAAAAGAAAUGUUGUUAUAAACACUAAUAACAUUUAAGACACUAGCCCUCCUCCCUUUUUCACAACACACUUCACAAAGCUAGCCACUACAUAUCGAUACGACACUACAACAGGAUUGAACUUCAAGAUAUGUGAGUGGUCACAGAGGAGGGCACCAGAAACACCCGGCCAAGUGUGAAUUGUUCCAAACGUGAGGUGGAAAUUUGCCCUUUGGUAAAAUUUACUGUACACUCAUGAGAACCGGAGAAAUGGUCUUUGAUAUGUGGUUGAUCGUUUGCUUUGUAGCUACAUGCUAACACUUUGAUAGCUGAUGAGCUAAAUGCUAUGAGAGAGAUAGCAAUGUGACAGGCUGUCCACUCUUUUGAAACACAAUAUAAAAUAAAUCUUGUUUAAAUUA